UAAAAUCUGAACAUAGCCUCCUGCAAACAGAAUCAUCAGUUCAUAAUUCCCUUUCAAUCGAGAGGAAUCUCAACAUCACAAUCAACAAUCUCUUACUACACAUGCUUAGCAUCCUUCCCAUCUAUGAUACAACCAAUAGACGGACACAUCUCUAAUAUCUCCUUCAAAGUUCCAGUCAAAUCCUCAGGGAAUAAAGAUAUUAAGAGAAUCUUAGAUCAAAAAUUCAGUAACAUAUAACAAAGCUAAAUCCCCAAGGAGGGGAUUUUACAGUAGCGGCAUGCACGUGUGGGGUCAAUAAGCAGCCAUAGAUUCGCCAAAGUGAACUCGUCGGGCGUCGAUCUGUAGCAAAAAUUACUAGAUUUGGUAAUCGCCAUGGAUCUCGUUUAGAACUAGAUUUCACCUUGUUAACACGAAAUUUUCUUUUCAAAUUAUAUACAUAUUGGGGUAAACCGAGUAAGAAUUUGCGAUAUGGGCCAAUUAUGGUUAUGUGGUUGGGGUAGUUGAUUUAGAGUGUAAAUAUUUCAACACCAAACCAAUCAAACCAAACUUAACCACAAGUCUUUUGUUUUUCCGGUUUGACUUGGUUUGUCGGUUGGAUUUGGCUUGGCGCUUUGGCUAACAAGUUCCAUCUCAAUUUGCCAUUUUGUUUUCAGUGCUAUAAUAAUAGCCUCAACAUCCCACCAAGAUCCUCCAGAAACCACAGCUCAGACUUUCCCAUAUCCCAAAAGACCAACAGAGAAUCUAAAACCCCCCAAAAAUGUACAGAAGGUGAAUAUUUCAUUCCUUACGAUCCAAUCUACCUCUUAUUCCACUCUUCGAAUAUUUCAUGCAUUUCCAUGCUCCAAAUUAUUCAGUAAACUUCAAAUCACACAAAAAUGAAAGUGAAAGAUACAAUGAGUAAGAGUUUACUCAUUUUGGCAGUGUUCAUUUUGUUUCUCGUUGCUUCUUUGUUCUAUACUGGAAAAAUCGAUUACAGAUCAAGCUUUUCACUAUUCGAUUCCUCACCCAGUAAAGCCAAGCCCUGUUUCACUGGAUCGGAGCCUCUCAAGGUAUACAUGUACGAUCUAGAGAUGAAAUACAAUGUGGGUUUGUUGAAGGGCUCGCAUUAUAAUGCGGCUCCUGUGACGAUUGAGACAUUGCCCAAGUGGCCCAAAUCCACGGGUUUGAGGAGACAGCAUAGUGUGGAGUAUUGGAUGUUGGCUUCAUUGCUCUAUGCAGGUGAUGAUGAAAAUGGAAAUAGGCCCACCCGAGAGGCUGUUAGGGUUUUGGAUCCGGAUUCCGCUGAUGUGUUUUUCGUGCCCUUUUUCUCUUCCUUGAGUUAUAAUACUUUCUAUAGACAUGGCAAUGAUUCAGAGGUCAAAUUUGAUGAUCAAUUGCAGGCUGAAAUUGUUGACUUCUUACAAAAAUCUGAACAUUGGAAGAGGUCUUCUGGCCGGGAUCAUGUGAUCCCAAUGCAUCAUCCAAAUGCUUUCAAGCGUUAUCGGGAGAAGGUGAAUGCUGCUAUCUUCGUUGUCGCAGAUUUUGGUCGCCCUCGUCCAACUGUGUCUAAUUUGAGGAAAGAUGUAGUGGCCCCAUAUGCACAUGUGAUUGAAACUUUUGUAGCUGAUGACAUUUCAGACCCAUAUGAGUCUCGUACAAUGCUUCUUUUCUUCCGGGGGAGGACAGACAGGAAAGAUGAAGGGAAAGACCGUCAGCAAUUGAAAGACAUGUUAAGUGGUCAAAAAGAUGUUGUCUUCGAAGCAACAGGAAUCUCAGGGGAAGGUGUAAAUGCAUCAACAAACGGGAUGCGUUCUUCGAAGUUUUGUCUAAACCCAGCAGGUGACACACCGUCAUCUUGCCGCCUGUUUGAUGCUAUAGUUAGCCAUUGUGUUCCUGUAAUUGUGAGUGAUAAAAUUGAGCUACCUUUUGAGGAUGAACUAGACUACACCAAGUUUUCGAUAUUCUUCUCACGUCAGGAGGCAAAGAAAGAAGGAUACAUGCUUGAUCAACUCAGGAGCGUUUCAAGAGCUAGAUGGCUUGAAAUGUGGAGCUAUCUUAAGAACAUUACCCAUCACUUUGAGUACCAGUACCCUCCAAAGAAGGGUGAUGCUGUAAACAUGAUAUGGAGGCAGGUGAAGCACAAGCUUCCUGCUGCAAAACUUGAUGUACAUAGAAAUAGGAGGCUGAAAGUGCCAGAUUGGUGGAGAUAGUGCUUGAAGCUUGCUGGUAUAAUUCUGUACAUUUGUAUACAUAGGCAAAAAAACCCUUAAGGGGAACCCUUAAUUGAGCAAAGAUAAGCGAUAAUCACGGCAUCAGGAUUAUUGUAACAGUUUUAACAUUAGUUGAACAAUUCUUUUAAGAUUUCUCUUUUUUUUCUUUUCCCUGGAGACUGAAGGUUACUUGUUUUUUCUAACGAUAGCUUGCCCCAAUAUUCAA